GACAAGUAGAGAGAGGAGAGGAUGAGCAGCUAGCAGUCAUCUGGCAGCUGAGGCCGAAAUGGAGCUCUCCCAGGACGGGGUUCGACAGCUUGAAGCCAUUUUGGAAUCUGGCAGUGACCUCUCUGAGGAAGAUGGAGAUGAAAAGGCUGUUCUCCAGGAAAGGGAUGAGGCCAAGGAGAAACUGGAGGAAUUUGAACAGGCUUCUCGGGCCUUGCUGGUGGAGCUGAACUCCUUGGAGGCUGAGUACGAAAUCGAGAAGAGCUGCCGAGUGCAAGCUGAAGCUUAUGCGAUGCAGAUGAACAGGGAAAACACGAAGCUGAAGCGGAUCAGUGCGGCUCUGCUGCCGAUGCUCAGCCACCCCACAGUAGACUUCGUGAGCUUGGACAACGAGGAUGAAAACGCUGGCGAGCUGACGCCAGAUCCUGUGGGCCAGUACUUGCAGCAGAUCAAAGAUCUUCAGACAAAGGUUUCUCACCUGUUGUAUGAGAAGAAGGACUUGAACUUGCAAGUGAAGGAGCUCCAGGGUCGUGUCCAGUGUCUCCAGGAGCAGGUAGAAGAGGAAGCGUCGGAGAAGAAGUCCCUACAAGGUUUCGUGAAGCACCAUCAACAGGCCUUGAGGAGGGUCAAACAAGGCACGUUGACAGCUCUGGGGUGUGGUGGAGAUACUGGCAGUGGUUGGUGA